GAUUUAACCAAAAUAAAUGUCACUUCAAAAUCAUAUAUUUUAAGUAAAUUCUUAUUUAAACAUGAGGAAGCUCCACCGAAGAAGCCUUUGACUGCUUAUUUCCUGUUUUUAGGAGAUGAGAGACAUGAAAUUAUGAAAAAUAAUCCUGGAUCAAAGAUAUCAGAGAUUACACAAAUUGCAGCGUAAUGAACUACUUAUCAAUUACAUAGACGAAUGUGGGCAGAAUUAGAUGAAUAGAGAAAGAAAGAAUAUUAAAAAAGAACUGAGGUACUACAAAAAGAGUAUGAAGUAAAAAAAAAGGAAUAUGAAGUAAAAUAUGGUGAAAUUAAGAGAAAAUCAAAGAAAAAGUAAAGAUAAACUGAUCAUCAGGAGUAUGAGAAAAAUGUAUAGAAAAAGAUUAAAAAAUGAUAAAUACAUAUUC